AUGGGCGCAGCCGGCUCGUCCGCGCUGGCCCGCCUGGGCCUCCCCGCGCCGCAGCCCCGGCCCCGCUGGCUCGGGGUCGCCGCGCUGGGACUGGCCGCGGUGGCGCUGGGGGCCGUGGCCUGGCGCCGCGCGCGGCCCAGGCGGCGCCGGCGGCUGCAGCAGGUGGGCACCGUGGCAGAGCUCUGGAUCUACCCCGUCAAGUCCUGCAAGGGGGUGUCGGUGAAGGCGGCGGAGUGCACGGCCCUGGGGCUGCGCAGCGGUCACCUGCGGGACAGGUUUUGGCUGGUGAUUAAGGAAGAUGGACACAUGGUGACUGCCCGGCAGGAACCUCGCCUCGUGCUGGUCUCCACUACCUAUGAGGAUGAUUGCCUUAUUCUCAGAGCACCAGGGAUGGACCAGCUGGUUUUGCCAACCAAGCUACAUUCUUCAAACAAGAUCCAUGACUGCAGGGUGUUUGGUCUUGACAUCCAGGGCAGGGACUGUGGUGAUGAGGCUGCUCUGUGGUUCACCAACUUCUUGAAAACAGAAGCUUUCAGGCUGGUUCAGUUUGAAAAGAACAUGAAGGGAAGACCAUCAAGCAAAAUUUUCCCUUCUGUUGGCCAGAAUUACCAGGUGGCCUACCCGGACUGCAGCCCCCUCAUGAUCCUCUCAGAAGCCUCCCUGGCAGAUCUGAAUACCAGGCUGGAGAAGAAAGUGAAAAUCGACAAUUUCAGGCCAAAUAUCGUGGUGGCAGGCAACAAUGCUUUUGAGGAGGACACCUGGGGUGAACUCUUCAUUGGCGACGUAGAAAUGAAAAAGGUUUUGGCUUGUCCCAGGUGCAUUAUGACCACGGUGGACCCAGAUACCGGAGUGAUCAACAGGAAGGAGCCGCUGGAAACGCUGAAAAGCUACCGGCUGUGCGAUCCUUCCGAGAAGCCCAUUUACCAGUCAUCCCCACUUUUUGGGAUCUAUUAUUCGGUGGAAAAAAUUGGAAGCCUGAAAGUUGGUGACCCCGUGUACCAGAUGAUACAGUGA